AAGACUCGUUAAGCUACAGAAUGGCAGAAGUUGCUCCAGCCCCCGCGCCAGCCAAGGCAACCAAGAAGAAGGCACCCAGACCCAAGAAAGCUGGACCCAGUGUCGGCGAGCUGGUCGUGAAGGCGAUCGCAGCCUCCAAGGAGAGGAAGGGGGUGUCUCUCGCAGCCCUGAAGAAGGCACUGGCUGCCGGUGGAUACGAUGUGGAGAAGAACAAGGCUCGCGUCAAGGUGGCCGUGAAAGCACUGGUCGCUAAAGGGACACUUAUCCAGACAAAGGGAACUGGAGCAUCUGGAUCUUUUAAACUAGCCAAGAAGGCGGCAGAGCCCAAGAAGAAGGCUGUUAAGAAACCAGCAGCCAAAAAGCCAGCUGCCAAGAAGCCCGCCGCAGCUAAGAAGCCCAAGAAGGCAGCAGCCAAAAAGCCAGCAGCCGCCAAGAAGUCUCCGAAGAAGGCUAAGAAGCCCGCAGCCCCCAAGAAGGCUACCAAGAGCCCCAAGAAGGCAAAGAAGCCCGCGGCUCCCAAGAAGGCAGCAAAGAGCCCGAAGAAGGCUAAGGCAGCCAAGCCCAAGGCAGCUAAACCUAAAGCAGCCAAGCCCAAGAAGGCAGCCCCUAAGAAGAAGUAAAUUAUGCGCAAUGUUUUCAGUGUUCUGUUCAAAAGGCUCUUUUAAGAGCCACCCAAACUGUCUUUCAAUUGCAUACAUUCCAGAAAUAAAUGUCACAUCCGAGAUGAAUAAGCCUAGUU